CGUCGUGCAACGAUUAACGAUGUUUCAUUCCGCGUGACAGUCGAAUUCGGUGCACGAUGGGAGGGGAAGGAGGUUUUCUUUUUCUUAGCAAAGAAGCAAGAGAUAAGAAAGGAGGAGGAGCUUAAAGCAGUGAGCUUUCUCAUUGAAUAAUAACAAUAACUUGGCGAUGAUUAUGCCACUUGUGAGGGUUUGUCGCUUCAUUUGCUGGAGAAAAGAUGUUAGAAAAAUUGGCGCUUCUUCAUCCCAUCCGGCAUUGAAAGGAAGUGUGUAAUGAUGGUUAAUACGUUUCAACUCAAUUGUUACAGUCAGUUGGCGGUAAAUGCUAAAUAUGCUAUGGAGCAGUGAAUAACAGAAUUUGUAAGGUUGUGGUGUUUAAUUGUUGUGGCCAUGACCGCGGGAAAAUGAAACGCGCGUCGUAGCAUCUUCUGAGUGGAUAACGAAUCAAACUUCAACUGGAAGAAUGGACAGCGACAGCGAGCGAUCGCUCCAGGAGCUUCAAAGAUAAACCUCUCACCACGCUCGAGACUAAUGGCGACUCUUUCCCUUUCGCUUCCGCUCACUCGACUCUUUCCCUAAACGGCAGCUCCUGGCGCUUCAUCACUACCCUAGCGCCAAAUUCACUUGCUGCUGCUCUUCUUCUUCUUCUGGUACGUACCCAAAACAAUUUGGCCGACACCAGACAACCAUCUCUUUGUUGGAAUCGAAGUUAAAGAUUUGAUCUUUGCAGGGAACCAUGGAGUGGGCUCGAGGACGGGAGAAAGCCCUAGGCUUUUUGGGUUGAAAGAAGCGAAUGGUGUGGCUUGUGGGAUUCUUGCUGCUUUGGCUGUCACUGCUGCUGUUGCCUCUCCUGUAAUUGCUGCAACUCAGGUUGCUUCUCUGAUUCCUCAUCUCUGAACCAUAUUGCCCACUUUACAUUACUGGUCUUUCCAACUUAGCAAUUGAGUUGAGAGCCCCAAUUUUGCCUUUUUCUUGAUAGCAUAAAUCAAAAAGCUCUUUAGACGAAUUCAGUGGGUUUACUUGCUGCAUUGUUGAACUGGGUUAAAUGAUGACGCCAGUGCUUUUGUUUGAGCAGUUGCUCUUGUUGAUUUAUGGUUUUAUGCUUUGACAAGCAAAGGGUGGGAGAGUAGAGAUUGAAUGGUUGUUGAGUUGAGGAAGAGGAAUGAUUGGGAACUCCUAAGAAAUGAUGUUGCCAACAGUGGGGAAGAGGGGUUACAACUUACAACCUUUCCUCCAGUGUUACUGCUUUCUUAGUUAGUUGCUGUCAUUGUCCUACAAUGGUGUAUCGAUUCAAGUACCUUGUUUUGAGGCCGGGUCCUGGUUGUAUGACUGAGGAAUGAGGAUCCUGCUUUUGUAGUUUGUUUUCACGCCGUCACUGCAAUGUGUUGUGUAGAGGCUACCCCCAUUGUCAACGGAACCAAAUCGAUGUGAGAAGGCCUAUGUUGGGAACACAAUCGGUCAAGCAAACGGUGUUUAUGACAAGCCGAUCGAUCUUAGGUUCUGUGAUUACAGUAAUGACAAGUCCAAUCUUAAAGGGAAAUCACUUGCUGCAGCCCUAAUGUCGGGUGCCAAGUUUGAUGGUGCGGAUAUGACAGAAGUGGUCAUGUCCAAGGCUUAUGCUGUUGGAGCUAGCUUCCAAGGUGUGGAAUUCUCGAACGCAGUUCUGGAUCGUGUGAACUUUGGUAAGGCCAACCUGAAAGGGGCCAUUUUCAGGAACACGGUGCUAUCGGGUUCCACGUUCGAGGAAGCUGAACUGGCCGACGCUGUGUUUGAGGACACCAUCAUAGGUUACAUUGACCUACAGAAGCUCUGUACAAACACUUCGAUUACUCCGGAUGGGAGGCUGGAAUUGGGAUGUCGAUGAAACUUGCUCUUUUUCUACCCUCUUGACAUUGUUUAUUGCUGUCUGCCUGUCUCUAUGUAUUCAAGAGUACAUGUGAGUUCCUGGAUCCAGGCUUUGGCAGUCACACCUGGCUGGUACCAUAUUUCUUAGGCAUCUAUUGUAUAUGGAAGUUACUGAUUCAUUGUGCGUUAUAUUUUAAUGAUUAAUUCCAUUGUUCAUCUUCAUUAACUAGUUCCAAACGAAAUGAACAUAAAUGGCGCAUCUAGUGUAGUGGUAUCAUAGUACCCUCCCACGGUACUGACCGGGGUUCGAUUCCCCGGAUGCGCAAUUUUUCAUUUGAUUUGUUUUGGUUACUAUGGCUUUCCUCUCAAUGUAAGAAGUUGUUAAUUAUCUUCCUUAGCUAUGUCUAGUAGUCCUAAGUUUUUUCUUUUCUUUUGGUUAGUUUGACUUUCCUCUCAAAGUUGUUAAUUUGUUUUCUUAACUAUGAUCAAUUAAAUGGGUCGCAAUUGAGUAACAUUUGACAUUAAUCAUUCAGUUCAACAUCGUUAGGUUUGCUAUAAGAUCAAUAACUCGUUUUAUUAUCCAGUUCUGGAAUUGAAAUACCAGGUACAUAAUGUUUGCCCUCAAUUAGACGAUAAUGGCGAGAUUACUAUUCUGUCAAUCGUUGUAAACAUUGUUUCACGAUAGUAUGGAUGAGUUCAGGAUUGGAUUUUCGAAAUUCGUUGGGUAAGAUACAGUUGAAAUCAGUCGUCCAUACUCAUUAAACAUUGUCUGUAUAA